AUGUCUCUCCACACCAUUCUCUUUUCCUCCGAGCACGUGACGGAGGGGCACCCCGACAAGCUGUGCGAUCAGGUAUCUGACGCCGUGCUCGACGCGUGCCUCGCCGGCGACCCGUUCUCGAAGGUCGCGUGCGAGACGUGCGCCAAGACGGGCAUGGUGAUGGUGUUCGGCGAGAUCACGACCAAGACGAUCCUCGACUACCAGAAGGUCAUCCGUGACACGAUCAAGGACAUCGGCUUCGACUCCGCGGACAAGGGUCUCGACUACGAUUCGUGCAACGUGCUGGUGGCGAUCGAGCAGCAGUCGCCGGAUAUCUUCCAGGGCCUGGGCGAUUUCGAGGGCGAGAACUUAGGCGCCGGCGACCAGGGCAUGAUGUUCGGCUACGCGACGGACGAGACGGAGUCGCUGAUGCCGCUGACGUACGAGCUUGCGCGCGGCCUUGCGAAGAAGAUUAGCGAACUGCGCCGCGACGGCACCCUUGCGUGGGCCCGCCCGGAUGCGAAGACGCAGGUGACGGUGGAGUACGACUACGACACGCGUGAGGGCAAGCAGGUGCUGACGCCGAAGCGCGUUGCCGUGGUGCUGAUCUCCGCGCAGCACGACGAGCACGUGACGAAUGAGAAGAUCCGCGAGGACCUGAUGGAGAAGGUGAUCAAGGCUGUGAUCCCCGCGAACAUGCUGGACGCGGACACGAAGUACUGGCUGAACCCGUCUGGCCGCUUCGUGCGCGGCGGCCCGCACGGCGACGCCGGUCUGACUGGCCGCAAGAUCAUCGUGGACACGUACGGCGGCUGGGGUGCGCACGGUGGCGGUGCCUUCUCGGGCAAGGACCCCUCCAAGGUGGACCGCUCCGCCGCCUACGCGGCCCGCUGGAUCGCGAAGUCGAUCGUUGCGGGUGGUCUGGCCCGCCGCUGCCUGGUGCAGCUGGCGUACGCCAUCGGCGUAGCGGAGCCGCUGAGCAUGCACAUGGAGACGUACGGGACCGGCAAGUACGACGACGCGAAGCUGCUGGAGAUCGUGAAGAAGAACUUCAAGCUUCGCCCGUACGACAUCAUCCAUGAGCUGAACCUGCGUCGCCCGAUCUACUACGAGACCUCCCGCUUCGGUCACUUCGGCCGCAAGGACGAGACCGGCAAGGGCGGCUUCACCUGGGAGGUGCCGAAGAAGCUUGUGGAGUAG